AUGAAGCGGACCUUGAUUUCCUUGUUUCUUGUGGCCUUUGCAACCCAUAUUAUUUAUUAUGUUACAAAGAGAUAUCUCCAGCAUCGCGCAGAUGCUACUUUGGGUCGCCGCCAUCGUUGCCAGCCGCCUCCGGAGCUGCCAUACAGAUGGCCUCUCGGACUUGACCGUAUAAAGGAGCUCUGGGAUUUGAAUUCAGAAGACUACGAACCUCGCAACAACCUCUCCCAAUACUUGUUGAUCGGUCCACGAGCGUUUCAUAUUCUGCAUCCGAGGAACGUUGAGUCCCUUCUGUCUACAAACUUCACAGACUACGGCUUCGGAGUUCGACGAGAUGUCUUCGCCCAUUUAUUGGGUAAUGGUAUUUUCGCCCAAGAGGGCCCGGCCUGGAAACACUCAAGAGAGCUCUUGCGAAAACAGUUUAUUCGAACACAGUAUCAGAAUCUCGACCACUUCCGCGAGCACGUCGACAACCUCAUAACACAUCUGCCGGUUGAUGGGGUCAUCGAUCUGCAGCCGCUCUUCUUCAACCUUACUUUGGACACGACAACUGCUUUGUUGUUGGGACGGUCAGUCUACAGCUUGAGAGCAGAUAUCGACCAGGACAACGAGAACAGAUUAUUUGCGGAGAGCUUCAGCAUAGCACAGGAAGGGCUGGCCAAGCGGUUUCGCAUCGCUCCAUGGCAUUUCUUUUACAAUCCUCCGAAAUUUCGGCGGGCUUGUUCCAACGUCCAUCGUUUCGUGGAACGUUAUAUCCGGGAACGAAACUUGCAAAACGAGAAAAACGCUUUCGGAGAAGAAUCAUGUGGUUUUAUCGACCAAGUCGCAAAGGAAUCUGUGAGUAAUGAAGACCUUCGCGAUCAGCUCCUCAACAUCUUGCUAGCUGGGAGAGAUACGACGGCGUGUUGUUUAUCCUGGACAUUAGAAAUCUCCUCCGUCAUGGGCGCAUCAGAGCACCCCAGCCGGGAGCAAAUUAGGAGAAUGCCGUUUCUUGCUUGUGUUAUCAAAGAAAGUCUUCGCCUUUAUUCACCCGUACCAUUGAAUAAUCGCACAGCUACGAAAACCACCAUCCUACCGACUGGUGGUGGGCCAGACGGACACAGUCCCAUUCUAGUAAGAAGAGGCGAGCUGGUUGUGUUUUCGCAGUACGUCAACUCGCGGAUGAGGAGUAUCUUUGGGUCGGAUGCAGAUGACUUUCGACCCGAGAGGUGGGAAGGGUCCGGGCUCUCAGGUAUUGGUUGGGCUUAUUUUCCAUUCAGCGGUGGGCCAAGGCAAUGUCUUGGUGAAGACUUUGCCCUCAUGGAAGUCUCUUAUACUGUCGUGAGGCUGUUGCAGGCUUCUUCGCUCAUCGCGUUGCCUUCAGGCGAGAAGAUUGAGCCUGUCGGGGCGGAGAGACAACGACUUACUCUCGUCCUCUCAAGUGAGGAUGGAUGUAGGGUCAAAAUUGAAUGGCGGUGA